UAAAAAGUCAUACGGGAGCAGAGGGUAUCCGGUUGUACUUCCGAAAACGUUUCAAAAUAACUAGAUUUGUCUUUGGUGAGGACAAAUCUGAACCACCACUUAGGUAGGUAAACUUGGCUAAACUGUGUUAUGUGUAUUCUACUAGAAAUAGCAUGCCUCAAAUUCUGGUUGUGAUGAGUUGGAUAUUGUUUUCAUAGUUUGGUCAUUCUGUCCAAGGGAAUUUCACUAACAACCGUGAGAAAUUUUCUCCUUCCCUACCAAAUUGUACAACCACCCUUCCACAACCAUUUCCUUUCUCCACCAAAUUUGACUAGUGUUCCUACGGCAAAAUUUGGUCACCAUUUUUCAUAUGAGAGGUAAUUUCUGGUUUGGUUUGUUGCAUGGUUUUCAUGGUUGCAGUUGACAACACAUUCAACACCUUUCUGUGAAUUUGCUCCUGAUUCAAGAAUGUUUCUUUCGAGGUAAUAUCGUGGUUAUUCUAUGUUGAUGCUAGUUUUAGAUUGAUAUAUACACGCCUACUCCACCUGAUUAAUACAACAUGGAAAAUCAAAAGAUACAUAGAGUGUAACAAGCGAGAUAUUGAUGGUGAGAUUCAAACUUGAUUAGUAUUUGAUUCAUAGCGGCCUCACGGAGCAUUGAACAUUCUUAUAGGCCAAUACUGGGAAGCAAUUUUUUCAUCUUUGGAUUAUGUUCUUUGUCUCAAAAUUGAGGCCAGAGUUCAAACUUUUGAUCUAUUUUUUGAAAGAGAAAUGAUGGCUGCUAAUCAUCCGUAUCGAAUUCAAUCAAUGCCGGAUAACUCAACAGCAGAAAAAUUAACAGAAGACCCAUCUGCAAAUAAGGCAGCACAUUGCACCGUUACAUGCGUCUAUGAAACAGUGCUCUUCGACGUUAGUCGCAGGAUAUCAAUAGUAUGGUCAAAGAAUUUGAUCAAUCUGUCUCUAAAUUUAACUGUCCAGAACUGGGGGAAUGAAAAUGAUUGCACUUGCAAAAUUGAUUUUAAGCCAUGGCAUUUUUGGAGCAAAAAAGGGCUCAAGUCAUUUGAUCUGGAAGGAAAACGAGUAGACAUAUUUUGGGAUCUUCGAUCAGCGAAACUCACAGGUAGUCCUGAACCUUCUGCAGAUUAUUAUGUUGCACUGGUAUCAGAAGAACAAGUUGUGUUGUUGUUAGGUGAUCUUAAGAAAAAAGCAUAUAAGAGAACCAAAUCAAGACCAUCACUGAUGGAUGCUAUAUUACUAUUUAAAAAGGAAAACAUCUUUGGGAAAAAAUGUUUCUCGACGAGAGCAAAAUUUGAUCAAAACAGCAGAAGAGAACACGAUAUCGUUGUGGAAAAUACAAUCACGGGGCCUAGAGACCCAGAGAUGUGGAUUAGCGUAGACGGGAUUGUGGUAGUCCAUGUUACAAAUUUGCAAUGGAAAUUUAGAGGAAAUGAGACCGUGAUUGUAAAUAAGUUACCAGUGCAAGUUUUUUGGGAUGUUCAUGAUUGGUUAUUUGGUAACUCUUGUGGCCAUGGGAUGUUUAUUUUCCGGCCAGGCGCACCGGAAUAUAAUCACGUUAAAGAUGGUAGUAGUGCUGGUGGUAGUGAGACUGGUGAGAGUAGCACCGCCACAGAUACCGGGUACGUCUCUGCUGAAAGUCAACAUACGACAAUUCCUGAUUUCAGCCUCUUCCUUUACGCAUGGAAGAUAGAAUGAAGGAUUAGCAAAUUACUGGGGUUUACCCCUUUGUUUUCUUGUUUGUUAUACUAAUUGUUGUUGUUUGUAACAUACUCAUUUGUGCAAAUGGACCAUCGUAACUUUUGUAUCUUUCUGAAAACUGCUGAAAUAAAUGAAGUAGGUAGGUGUGAAUCUGUAACUG